AUGGGCGACGUGAGUCCAAAUGUGUCUCCAAUCUUGGCUCCAAUUGAGCCCUCGGCCCAAAACAAUUCCGGUGAUCAGCCGACCGUUGCCUAUUCACAGGCACAAAUCAGGGAGGCUACGCAGCGCGAGCACGACAUGUCCAUUUCCACUGCAUUCCGACUUUAUUCAAAAGCAGUCUCAUGGUCUAUUGUUCUCUCAACAGCGGUGAUCAUGGAAGGAUAUGACCUUCUCCUAAUAUUCUCAUUCUUCGCAUUCGAGCCCUGGACGAAGAAAUACGGCAAAUUGCAGCCUGAUGGAACUUACGCAUUAUCCGCAGCCUGGCAAUCCGGCCUUAACAACGGAGCAUCCGUCGGCGAAAUAAUCGGCCUGCUAUUGAACGGAUUCGUGGCGGAAAGAUUCGGAUACCGAAAAACCAUGAUCGGCGCCCUAUUCCUGACAAUCCUCUUCAUUUUCAUCCCAUUUUUCGCGCCAAAUAUCGAGGUGCUCCAAGUUGGGUUGAUUUUGAUGGGCAUUCCUGGGAUUCUUCCGGUCUCGUAUGCGUCUGAAGUUUGUCCCGUGGCUCUUCGAGGCCAUCUUACAGCUUACAUUAAUCUUUGCUGGGUCAUCGGUCAGCUUAUUUCCUCCGGUGUUCUACGAUCACUGCUUCACCGGACUGAUCAGUGGUCUUAUCGUAUCCCUUACGCUCUACAGUGGAUGUGGCCAGUUCCGCUGAUCGUGGCAAUCGCAUUUGCGCCCGAAUCCCCGUGGUGGUAUAUUCGACGCGGCGAUAAGAAAGGGGCCAAGUCUGCUCUUCGAUCACUCACAGCCCGGAAGACAGAUGAUGCUGUCGAUCUAGACGCUGCCGUUGAAGUCAUGGUCUACACCAAUCAACUCGAGCAAAAAGUGGUCAAAGGUGCAAGCUAUAUCGACUGUUUCAAAGGCCAUAAUCUUCGCCGAACAGAGAUCUGCUGCUUCACUUCAAUUACCUCGAUAAUAUCCGGGACAACGCUGAUGGGAAACUCAACAUACUUCUUUGAGCAGGCCGGCAUGGACCCAUCAAACGCAUUUGAUCUCACCAUGGCCCAAUACGCGGUCGGAAUCGUCGGAAUCGUCUUCGCCUGGUUAAUCAUGGCACGUUUUGGCCGCAGACAACAAUACCUCUCGGGACUCUUUCUGCAAUUCAUUUUCCUGAUCGGCAUCGGUAUAACUGGCGUUGUCGAUCGUGGGAAUAAAAAUAUGUCCUGGGCGACGGGAGCCCUUCUUAUCGCCUUUUCGCUCGUCUACCAGUCGAGCGUCGGGCCUCUUUGCUACUCGAUCAUUUCCGAGAUGUCAUCUGUCCGACUCCGCGCUAAGACAACCAGCUUAGCCUGGAAUGUCUAUAAUAUUUUCAAAAUCAUCAACGGCGUUCUAACACCCUACAUGAUUAACCCGACGGCAUGGAACUGGCAAGCGAAAGCAGGCUUUUUCUGGGGCGGUCUUUGCCUACUUUCCUUCGUCUGGGCAUUCUUCCGACUGCCUGAAACAAGGUAUAGAACGUAUGCUGAGCUGGACAUCUUGUUUGAACGGAAAGUGGGCGCCCGGAAGUUCGCGAUCACCUCAGUCGACCUUUUUUCUCAGAAGAUAGAUGAGGCGUCGCAAGAGGAACUCCGAGGAGCGGGCGGAAAGUCUAAUGCAGCGAGCCAUGUUUUGCAAAGUGAUAUGAGGGGAGAGGAUGGGCUGGUCAGAAUCGCCGAGUCGGUUAAAUAA